UGGCAAAGUUUUGUUUUCUACAGAAACAGUGUAAGACAUCCGCCUGAAAAAAGCAACACAACACGUUUAAAAAAAGUAAUCUUAACACAUUCCGCGAAAAAAUACAGCUAAACGUCACCUUGAAGACUUAUAGAUUUAUUAAGGAAAGAGUUCGAUGCUCAUUUCGUUGGAAAAUGAGCCGUGGAAUUUGUCAUUGGGGUCCACUAUUAGCGUUAUCAAUCAUAUGGACUCUUUUUCUUUGUGGAAUUUAUUGCAUACUGCUAUGGUACCCUCCUUGGACUUCAGCAGCAAGCGUGAUACACUUAAUAUUUUAUGUUUCAUGGAUGAUUCUUAUCAUGAAUUACUUUAUUAAAUCAGUUACUCUUGGACCUGGAUAUCUUCCACUAGAAUGGAGACCGGAUGAUGAUAAAAGUGAAGCACUGUUGCAGUACUGUUGUCUGUGCAAAGGUUACAAGGCACCCAGGGCACAUCACUGUAGCAAAUGUGGACGGUGUGUCAUGAAAAUGGAUCAUCACUGUCCAUGGAUCAAUAAUUGUGUGGGUCACUUCAAUCAUAGAGCCUUUACGCUGUUUCUAUUUUUUGUUCCCAUUGGGUGUACACAUGCAGCUGUGGUUUUUAUAUGUUGCACUGUGCAGCAGUUUCAUUUGCUUUCCACAGGACCCUAUAGACGAGCUAUCUUCCAGCGAAAUGCUGUUGUUUCAUUUACAGUCUAUCGCAUGAUUAUGGUGUUGUUUUGUAUUGGUUUGUCAAUUGGUGUUACUGUAGCUGUUGGCAUUCUUCUGUAUUACCAGAUGAAAGGAAUAUUAACAAAUAAGACAGCAAUAGAAGGAUGGAUUGCAGAAAAGGCUGACAGAUAUCGGCCCAAUGGAGAAUCUUUCAGAUACCCUUACAAUCUUGGCCGGAAAGAAAAUUUUAAACAAGUGAUAACAUUAUGGCAAGAUUAUGUUGGAGAUGGAAUAACAUGGCCUGUUGUUGAAGGAUGUGAUCAGUUUACGCUGACGAAGGAACAGUUGGAGCAGAAGAAAUUGAAAAGAGAAAGAACAAUUUGUUGUAGAGUAGUAAAAUCUUAUAAUGGAAGUGUUAUUGCCUGGCGAGAGGGUCUGAGAACAUGUAUAUCCACUCCAUGGACAGACGAACCUCGCAUAAAAGUGGAACAGGGAGAUGUUAUUUUGGUCACUCGCUGGAGAAAGUGGUGGCUGUAUGGUGAAAAGUCUCUUCAUAAGUUAUCAGCCACUGAAAUUACAGAUGAAGUUCUGAGCAAAGAAAAAGGCUGGUUUCCUCGACAUUGUGUUGUGAGAAUAGACGAGGAAGAGUCCGCUUCCAAGAAGGAUGAUUAAUGUGUCUGUUGCCAUUAUAUUUGUGGACAUCUAUUUCUCUUCUGUUCAGGCUAUUCUUUUCCAAAUGCUGUUGAAUAACGUUAUCUGCUUUUAAUGUUGGUUGGAUUUAUAUCAAAAUGAUGUCUUUGAGUAAAUAAACCUAAAG